AUGAUAGGUCUGGGCUUUAAACAAAGUCAAGGAGACCACACUUUGUUAAUUAAACACUCUAAUUCAGGGAGAGUAACAGUGUUACUAGUUUAUGUGGAUGAUAUUAUAGUGACAGGUGAUGAUGAGGGGGAGCAACAACUGUUAAGCCAACAUCUAGCGAAGGAAUUUGAAAUUAAGACCUUGGGAAAAUUGAAGUACAUUUUGGGAAUUGAAGUGGCUCAUUCUAAAAAGGGAAUCUUCAUAUCUCAACAUAAAUACAUCAUUGAUUUGUUGAAAGAGAUUGGUAAGACAACAUGCAAGCCUGCAAGUACACCAAUUGAUCCAAACCUGAAGUUGGGAAAUGUAGAAGAAGAUACUGCAGUUGGCAAGGAAAUGUAUCAAAGACUAGUUGGUAGACUAAUAUAUUUAUCUCACACUAGACCUGAUGUUGCAUUCGCUGUGAGUCUAGUCAGCCAGUUCAUGCACCAACCGAAGGAGGUUCACUUACAAGCUGCACUAAGAAUUGUGCAAUAUUUGAAAGGGACCACAGGCAGAGGAAUUCUGUUUGAAUGA